AUGACCACCACUUGGGUGAUGUGUGAUUACUUUGAUGUUCUUUUCCUUGUUUGGGAGGGAGCUGAGAUUGAUGAGAGGUUUACAAUUAUGCCAAGGGGACUCCAAUUUACCCACCUUUCAGGAACGAAUGCAGCAACCGAAUUAGUCGAAUGUGUUUGCAAGGAAGCUGUAGAACGUGACACCAAAGGAAUUGUAACCUAUGACAGCUGCUUGGAAGCUUUGGAAUCUGAUUCCCGAACUCGAACAACAUCGAAUCUCAAAGCUCUUGCUAAAAUUGCUCUGGAAUUAGGUCUAGCCAAUGCAACAUCUUUUCGCCGCUAUAAAUUGGCCGCAAAAUGCCAUUUUUCUUGUAGUGAUGAUUUGCUCAAGAAAAACCGCACUAGUGCACCCCUCGAACAGUGCUCCUCUUGGUACGACUCAGCGGUUGGAUCAUUCCGAAGUGCACUCGGAGAGUUAGACGAUGACGUUGAUGUUGCCAGCUAUGACGUGAGAAUCGCCGCCGACGAUGCCAAUCACUGUGAGGAUGCUUUGGCUUCCGGUGGGUUUAAAGUUCCGUCGAUUUCGAUAAGAAACGAUUACAUAAAGUUAUACAGUUUCAUUGGGUAUGUAAUCAUAGAUAAGCUCUGA